AGUGUGCACCUUCGAACGAUACCAUGAGCACUCCGCAGAAGCUCAUAAUACUGGCCCUAGUGGCGACAGCCCUGGCCGGCGAUGCCAAGGAGACGAACACGAAGCCGGCCGUGGCCGAGACGAAGGAAAAGAGUAAGCGAGGAUUGGAGCUGAGUCUUGGGGGUGGCGGAGGGCUGGAGAGUUACGGCGGGGGCCUGGAACACGGUUACGGCGGAGGUUUGAGCCUAGGUGGUGGCCUCGGUGGAGGCCUUGGCGGAGGUCUAGGUGGAGGAUUCGGCGGCGGUGGCGGCGGCGGCGGCGGAGACGGAGGCCGCAUAACGGGCAUCACGAUCCACAGAGAGAACCAAGUUCGUGUACCCCAACCGUACCCGGUCGAGAAAAAUGUACCUGUACCGUAUCCAGUCCCGGUUAAAAUUCCCGUGGAGCGGCCAGUCCCGGUGCACAUACCGAAACCGUACCCAGUCCCUGUAGAGAAGACGGUCCCAGUUCCAGUGGAGAAACCGGUCCCGGUACCGUACACCGUGCCCGUCAAAGUGCCCGUCAAGGUGCCUUACCCGGUCAGCGUGCCAGUAAAGGUCCCAGUCGCGAUCGAGAAGGAGGUCCCUUACCCAGUCAAGGUCCCCGUCGUCGUCAAGGAGUCAUAUCCAGUUCUGAUUAGCGGUGGAGGCGGCGGAGGCGGUGGUUUGGGAGGUGGUUUGGGAGGUGGUUUCGGAGGUGGACACGGGGGUGGAUUCGGAGGUGGACACGAAUUGUCACUCGGGUUACAUCAUUGA